AUGGGUCCACAGAGAAGGGGAAAGCGAGUCUCGCUGGACCAAAUAUCAUUAUCCACCUUCGAUGACAGAGCAAGCGUCGAUAGCAAGGAGCUAGCCACCCAGAGGUUCUUCGGCAGACAGCAACAGGAGCUGGCAAUCGUUCCAUCACAAAUCGUAUCCCAUACAUCCUCUGUCACAUGGAAAAGCCAAACCAUCAAGGACAAGGAGGAAUACGAGCGUGUCAAACAACGAGUCCGCCAUUUUGCUCCGGAGCAUUUCAAGGCCAACACGAAACAGGGUCCAGGGGCGUCGUCGAUCUUUCCGCAAAACGUUGGCGAGUGGUUGACACACAAGAAGGAGAUAUUGGCAUUAGCCGAGCGAGAGCAGCAGAAGAAUUGCGAAAUGCUCAAGGCGCAGAUUGAAGCUCGUCAAAAAAUCCCCAAGUCUCAGCGCAAGAUCCACUCCGUCUUUGGCGAGGAUGGCAAGAUCUUCAACGAUGGACUCAGCCCAGUAUUGGGUUUGCCCACCAUCUGGUCAGCUGAGUAUCCCGGACGGGUCGCCAAGUGGCCGAGCAAUGGCGAAAUGCAAUGGAAUGGCGACAAUAGGCAGAGCCUCCUGGCAAAGACAAAGUGCGGCCGCUUUCUUCCUCCCCCUCGUGUUCCCGUUAGUCCAUCGACCUCGUUCCAAGAACAGCCCUUCUCGCGGCAGCUGCCACUUGAUGAAGCUGGCCCUAUCUUCUCCAUGGGCCCUCGACCCGACGAGAUUUACGUCAACAACGCUGACAUGGACGGAGAUGCGCAGUUUGAGGCACUCGGAAACUUCUUUCUGGGAACAGAGUUGAUGGAGCAAAUCGGACAGUGGCGGGCACCGCUUGUGCCAGAAUGGCUGCAACAACAGCAGAUGAUGAUGGAGGAGGGGGGAAUGGUCAUCCAUGAAGGAGAUGGGUUCAUAGGAACACCAGUGAUUGGCAGUGAGAUGUGGUACGACGAGAGCAUGGAGCCAGACAUAUGGCAGGAAUACCCCUUGUGGUGA